GAUGUGGAGACACAAGCAAAGCUAGUGGAAGCUUUGAGGGAGUUGUGGGUCGACGUAGUGCAACCUGUGGUUAAAAAUCUCGCCAGAGUCGCAAAGCCAGGCUCGCGAAUAUGGUGGUGCCCCACUUCAUUCUUCAGCUUCUUGCCUUUGCACGCCGCUGGCGAAUACAGGCCCAAGAGAACAAACCUUUCGCAGCUAUACAUUUCCUCCUACACUCCAUCGCUUGUCGCACUCAUCAAGGCUCGCAAAUGUCGUGACAAGUCUCUGCUCGUGUCCUUUGCUGCCAUCGGUCAGAACCACCCACCAGAACAUAAACAUUCUUUGGCAUGUGUCGAGUCGGAACUGGACUUAGUGCAGAGCCUCCUACCCCCUUCCUCAACCAUUUCCUUUACCAAAGUCACGAGUGCUGACUCAACAAAAUCAACUGCCCUGUGCACGUUGCAAGAUAACCAUUGGGUCCAUUUUGCCUGUCACGGGUCACAAAACUUGGUGGAACCCUUCAAGUCAGCAUUUCUCAUGCGCGACGAAGAACUUCAACUUCAAGAUAUCAGCCACACGGAUCUAUCUCGGCACGAAUUUGCAUUUCUUUCUGCUUGUCAGACCGCAGUCGUAACUUCGAAACUCUUGACGAAGCAAUUCACUUGGCGGCUGGCUUACAAUUUUCUGGGGUGAAGAGUGUCAUUGGUACAUUUUGGAAUAUCGAUGACAUCACCGUGCGACGCUUAGUCGAUGCAUUCUACCAGGAGUUUUGUAGAGACGGAAAGAUGAAUUCAAAACGAGCCGCGCGAGCGCUGCACAAAGCAGUCCAGUCGUUGAAAGACUUGCCCUUGGACCAGCGCAUCGUGUUCAUGCAUAUUGGCAUAUGAU